UCUUACUUCCACAUGUCCUUCUUCUCAAGUGUCAGUCAGAGAUUGUCAGUGUUUCAACAGCAGGCUGUACACAGCACUCUGGAGCAACACAAGCAGAAGAUGAAACAGGAAGGAGGCGGCGCCGUCGCCUGUCACAACUGUGGGAAUCCCUGCAAGGGGGAGGCUCUCCGUGUUCAGAACAAACACUUUCACUUAAAGUGUUUUGUCUGCAAACUAUGUGGUUGUGAACUUGCCCAAGGAGGCUUUUUUGUGCGCCAAGGUGAAUACAUCUGUACUCUGGACUACCAGAGGAUGUACGGGACUCGCUGCUUCAGCUGCCAGGACUUCAUUGAGGGGGAGGUGGUGUCAGCUCUGGGGAAGACCUAUCAUCCCCGUUGCUUUGUCUGCACCUCAUGCAAACAGGCAUUCCCAGCUGGUGAUCGGGUGACAUUUAAUGGAAAAGAGUGUAUCUGCCAGAAGUGUACCCAGCCUCUGCCUGCCAACAGCCCAGCACCCAUCCAGGCUGUUCACAACUGCUGUGGUUGUGGGAGGGAGUUCAAGAAUGAACAGUCUCUUGUUGCUCUGGACAAGCACUGGCACCUGGGCUGCUUCAAGUGUAAAGUGUGCAACAAGGUGCUCAAUGCUGAGUACAUAAGCAAAGAUGGGAUCCCCUACUGUGAGAUGGAUUACCAUGCUAUGUUUGGCAUCCAGUGUGAGAGCUGUAAGAAGUACAUCACUGGCAAAGUCCUGGAGGCGGGAGAGAAGCAUUACCACCCCACAUGUGCCCGAUGCGCUCGCUGUGAGCAGAUGUUUGGAGAAGGAGAAGAAAUGUAUCUGCAAGGAUCAUCUAUCUGGCAUCCCCCAUGCAGACAAGCUGCCAAGCAGGAGGAGAAAAGCAAGGUGACCCGAACUUCCUCUGAGAGCAUCACUUCAGUUCCUGCAUCCAGUGCCUCUGGCUCACCCAGCAGAGUCAUCUAUGCCAAACUAGGAGAAGAGAUGCUAGACUACAAGGACCUGGCAGCACUUCCAAAGACAAAGGCUAUCUAUAACAUCGACAGGCCUGACAUGCUUUCCUACUCUCCUUAUAUCAGCUACCCAUCAGAGGAGAGGCACUAUGGAGAGGGUGAUGGGGAGAAAUCCCCCCGUCAGCGGAGGCCCUCAAGCCCCAGUUCCAACAGCUCUCUUGGGGGGUAUGGACGGUACACCCCGUCCCGUUCCCCUCAGAACUACAGCAGAGCAGGACCAGAAGUACACAUGGGUGUUAAAUACAGCAGCCUGGCCCGUGAUUCCAGUUCCCUCCCUUCACCUAAACCCUUCCUGUGUGGUGUAAGGAACCCCUCCACCUUGGCAAGGGAUGCCUCCUCUCUCCCUGCACACUACUCUGGCAGGGCUGAAGGGAGUGGGGGUGAUGUAGGCAUUGGCAAGUACUCACCAACACCACUAAGGGGCAGUGCAAGCUUGUCUUUACAGCUAAACCCUACAACCCUGGCAAUGCUCCAGCAGCAUAACUACAUCCCUUAUUUCAGAGGUAGUGAAAGUGGUCGGAGUACUCCCAGCUUAUCCACCUUCUCUGAUGGCAAAUCUCCCUCAUCUACUUCGACAUAUGUGGCUGCUCCCCGGCAUUUCCACAUACCAGAGGCUACAGUCAAAGAUAAUAUCUAUAGAAAACCCCCCAUCUACAAACAGCAUGCUUCUAGAACAUCCUGGCAGGAGGGUGAUGAUAGCAAGAGAACAAGUUGGAUAAUCUUAAAAAGUGAGACUGACGGUGAGAUAGCUCCAGAAGACCUCAAUCCCUGUAAAUCCACAUGCAGUCUCCCCAUGGACACUUCCCAGCCAAAUUUCCCCUACAAUAAAUCUGCAUCAUUACCUGGAUAUGGAAGGAAUGGCAUCUAUAAGGCUGCUGAUAUGGUGGAGGAUGAUGUGGAUCCUGACUCCCACAGCUGGGGAGGCAUGAGAGAUUACAAGAUCUACCCCUAUGAAAUACUAGCAGUGACACAUAAAGUGAAAGUGAAGCUUCCCAGAGAUGUAGAUCGCACCAGACUGGAGAGGCAUUUAUCUCCAGACGAGUUUCAGCAGGUUUUUGGAAUGACUCUGGAACAGUUUGACCGGAUGGCCCUGUGGAAGAGGAACGACAUGAAGAAGAAGGCCCGUCUGUUUUAGACCGUCAUUAUAUAAUCACUGCAACAACUGCAAUCUUUAAGGAAGCAAAAGAUAACGCCUGAAAUAUCAGUAUGCACCUCCUCUGACUUUCCGCUUGUAAAUCUCCAUGUAUUCUGCCUGUGCAGCUACAUAGAGGCGCCCUGUGUGGGAAUGUUUUCACAUAAUCGGGGGCAAUAAUGGAAUGGUUGGCUUUUUGUAUGCAGUUUGGUGUGAAUGAUUGAAAAUCUCACAGAAGAGGAGAUGUCUUUGCAUGGUUUGUGUUUUUCUCCUUGCUUCCUGUGAAGUUCUGUGUCCUCCCCAGUUUUCUCCUGGUGAAUUCAUAAAAUCUGAUUUAAAAAAAAUGAAGAACUUCUCUUUAUCAUUCUAGUUGUGGGCCUUCCCCCAGGCUUUCUGGGGUUCUGGAUGUUUCAUAUGCACCAAACUUACAUUUUCAAACACGAGCCGUCUUGUUUUUCUGCCUGUCGUUUGUUCUCUCUCUGUUCAUCUUGUCUCCCACUUCAAAAUGUUUUUGCUGCAAUGCCCUUUUCUGUCUCUUUGUCCUCUGCCUCCUAACUCACUGGCUGCGUCUCCAUCUCCAUUGACCACAUAAUUGACAUCUUAAAAAUAAAUUUGCUUAAUCAAAACAUUAAUUUUGAAAAAACUUGAUAAGAAGUUUGGCACCAGGAUAAGGUGGUUCUUUUAGCCAUACUGAAAUUAAUUUAUUCUGCAAAACUGCAAUGGAAACACUUUUUUCACAACACACAAGUCACAUGAUCAUGAACAUGAUGUUGCUGCUGGCCCAAACUAUGAAGAAGUCAACAGGAAGUAGUUAGUUGGAAUAUUAUGGCAAAGCAUGUUUUUAGUGACUUAUUGCGUGAGCAAAUAUAUUCAUGUGUGAUUUAAUUGUGUUUCUUAUUUAAUGGAAACACUGCAAGUGUGAAAUUGAGUUUUUUCAACAUUAGUGUAAUAUCAACAGAGUUUUGCAGAAAAACAUAUUUUACAUGAAGCCACACAGCUCUGCUCUGUGAUGAGGAGAAAAUGCUUGCAUACAUAGUUUUGUAAUGGAAAUACAAAUACAUUGACAAACAAGUUGAUUUGGUUUACGCCAUUGCCAUUACGUUUAGGCAUGGAAGACAAAGACGGAGUUCAAACCUGCCUGCGGUGAUGAUGUACUUCUUCAGCAUCAUAUGCUUCCAUGUUUCAUUUUACUCAUCUUCUAGUCUGAGAGUUUGAUUGGUUCUGAUGCAUGCUCUGAACAUUUCCAAGUUCCUUCUCUUUCUAACCCUUCAAUUAACAUCAGGCAGGAAGUGGAUAGCAACCACAUGAGACAGGAAAUGGUCACAUGACCAGGAAUAUUGGAAGGAUCUUUAAACUUGUAUUGAGGUGGAUUGAAGUAAAUUUAAAUUGGACUGAUUUAAAAUCCAACACUCUGAUACUCUGAUGUUGUAUUGUGUCCUCAGCUGGUUUGACAUGAAUUCCUGCAUAGAGUCAAACUUCUAUAUUUUAAAUGAAUGCCAUCAACUUGCUUGAUUUUAAUGGACUGUCAGCUAAGGCCACAUCGCAUCAUAUACAGAAUGUGUGUUUAAACUGGACAUAUACCAGAUUUAUCUAUCUCUAUACAAGCCUUGUUGUAUCUCUAAGCAUGCAUGAGGAUGGAGAAAUUGAGUUUCUCUACUGACCUCGUCUCAGAAAUGUAUGAAAACAUCAUCAGUGUUGUUUGAAUAUUUUAUAGUCAUAAUGCUUGAAUUCACUGUUUACUUUUGCUUCUGUAAGGUAUUUAUUUCUGGAAGUUAUUUUAUUUUAAAAUAAUUAGGGUGUAGUGUCAAAUGCAUAAGCAUCACGUGAUAAAGCUGAUGACAAGAGCCAUAUCACAUUUUGAGUUUCAUUUUAAUAAAUUUUAAUGUAUGAUCAAAUGUUACACUAACUCCUGUUAUUAUCUUAACACUGAAUUUCUAAUAUCCAUCUGCUAUUAAAGUGCUUUAACCAGA